UUUUUUUCUUUUAAAUUUUUUGUGUUAGGAUGGAAACUUUCCGACUGAAAAGCAUUCCGGGGAUCGCAAAAGUCACAGGAGUUGUACUAUGCAUAACUGGAGUAAUUUUUGUAGCACUAUAUAAAGGCCCAAAACUAAAAUCCUUAAACUUUCAUCACCCAUUUCUCCACAGCUGUAACAACAACGACAGUUUAACUGAAAAUCGAAAUACAUGGACUUUAGGAUCAUUUCUCAUGUUCGUAGUUGCAAUAUUCUGGGCUUUAUGGACAGUUUUGCAGGGUAUGAUACUCCGGGAAUACCCUUCAAAGCUUCUCUUAGCAACUCUAAUAUCUGUUUUCAGUGCUUUUCAAUCAUGUCUUGUCGCUUUCAUCUUUGAAAAGAACUUGAAAAAAUGGAAGCUGCACUGGGACGAAGGUUUACUUGCAGUGAGCUACAGUGGCGUCUUCAUUGCUGGACUAGCAUUAUACUUGCAAAGUUGGUGCAAUGAUAAAAAGGGCCCACUCUUUGUAUCCAUGUUCUCUCCUUUGGCUCUUGUUCUCACCAUCACUAUUGCAUCGGUUUUAUUGGGAGAGGUAACAAACCUUGGAAGCGUACUGGGAUGCGUUUUUAUGGUUGGAGGUCUUUACUGUGUAAUCUGGGGGAAGAGUAGAGAACAAAACUCAACUGAAUCAGACAUAGAGAGAGAGGAAGAGAACCAGAAGACUAGUAAUAGAUUUAAUAUUGAAGAAGGGAAAUGAUGUUAUAAGAUAUUUCCAAAAUCAACCACGGUAAUUGCAUACCUAUUGAAGGAAAUCGAGGAAAUAAAUAUCGAAUUAAACUCUUAAUGGCUAUUUAAAUCGGAUGAAAAUGUUUGAAAUCUUCAACCUUUUUUUAUU